CCACAUGAAAGUUAUAAUAAUCACAUCACAACUUCUCUGGAUGAGCACUGAUAACAGGGAGAGUCGUUUUUGUCCUUUAUUUCUUAUCUCCAACUGCCGGCAUGAUUUUUUGAAGGAAACCACAGACUCACUCUAAAGCCGAAUCUGCUCCAACAUGUCGGACGAUUUGAAUGGGUCCGUGGCCAGCCCUACAAACAAUAAUAAUGGGAUCAACGGCAAUAAGGCUUAUCUACGGAGGUGCAAAAGUGUCACCCGUGCAGAGGAGAUCCAAAGCCAGGAGGCUAAAGCAAGACGGUCGCAGCCAGACAGGCCGUGUCACCGACCUAGAGAUUCAUUGUUCACUUGGUCAUCUGGUUUUGAUAAUUUCACCGGAUUUGUCAACUGGGCGUUCUUGCUGCUCUGCAUGGGUGGCUUGAGGCUGUUCCUGGAAAAUCUCCUCAAGUACGGCAGUAGAGUUGAUCCGAUUGAAUGGUUUCGAUUCUUGUCAGGAGCAGGUCAAGGAAGUGCUGAUCACCCAUCACUCAUCUUGAUCCUCUAUUCUGUUGUGCCUGUUGUCAUAUGUUUGUUGAUAGAGAAAGGACUAUCAGUGGAAAUAAUUGGACACAAGCUUGGCAUGAUGAGUCACAUUUCCAACAUUUUCCUGCUAGUGCUGUUGCCAAUGAUCGUGAUAAAUGUCAAGGGGCCUGAUUUCAGUUUGAUUGGCGGCACUGUGGUGUGCUUUACGUAUUCAAUUCUAUUCCUGAAGCUGUGGUCGUACGUGCAGGUGAACCUUUGGUGCAGAAACAAAAGAAAGUUCGCCAAAACUACAGCUAGCAAAAGACUGAGAAGACAAUCACUGUCGCUGGGGCAGUAUGACUCCUCUGAUGAUCUUGGAAUCAACGCAGAUACGGACCACCAUGACAUGCCGAUUAUGAUGAAAAAGAAAAAGGAGAAUGGAUCAAGUGUCCAACUAGUGCAGUACCCUGAUAACCUCAACCUAAAAGACCUAAGCUACUACAUCUUUGCGCCAACUCUGUGCUAUGAACUAAAUUUCCCACGCACAAAUAGAAUCAGGAAGAGAUUCCUCUUUAAACGUAUCUUGGAAGUGUUUGUUGGCUGCCAGGUUAUGAUGUCACUUUACCAGCAGUGGAUUAUUCCGUCUGUCAAAAAUUCGUUAGUGCCUUUUUCGCACAUCUUCCAAAGAAACGAUUUCACGCUUGCCAUUGAGAGGCUCCUGAAACUAGCUAUUCCCAACCAUUUGGUGUGGCUCAUUUUCUUCUACCUGACGUUCCAUUCAUUCCUCAACUUGCUUGGUGAGUUGCUGCAUUUUGCUGAUCGCCACUUUUAUUACGAUUGGUGGAAUGCCAACAACAUUGACGUCUUCUGGAGAAAGUGGAAUUUGCCUGUGCACAAAUGGGCGGUCAGGCAUUUGUACAUCCCCAUGGUCGACAUUGGAUACAACAGGAAUGUUGCCAGCACCACUGUUUUCUUCAUCAGCGCCUUCUUCCAUGAAUACUUGGUCAGCGUCCCUCUGAGAACAUUCAAAAUUUGGGCAUUCAUGGGGAUGAUGGCUCAGCUGCCAUUGUCAUACUUUAGCAAGUUCAUGGAACAGCAAUUAGGGCCUCGCUGGGGAAACGUUGUGGUUUGGGCCUCUCUUAUACUCGGCCAGCCUCUCUGCAUAAUGAUGUAUUACCAUGACUACAUCGUGACUCACUUUGGAGAAGAUCUAAUUGAAAGCUACAGUCACGUUUGACACGGUUUGAAUGAGAUCAUUGUUUUGUGCCAGGAAUCUAGUUGUUACACUUAGGUUAGCAGUGCAAUAUUAUAUAUAUGUUGUGAUUUUUACUGUGCAAUGGAUCAUGUAACUGAAGUUAUGGGACAUUCAAAGGGUUGUGAAAAGGUUGAAAUUUGAUAUUGUGUAACCAAUAUUUUGAUGUGAUUGAUAGAGUCUAUAGAAAUAGAGUAAGCAAGACCAUUUCAUACCGGACCAAGUGUAAGGGAACAACUUCCCAUCCUGUGCUUAUAUUUUGUAACAUUUUUCUGCAACUUACCAAACUAUCAAAUUAAAAUAAGACUGUUAUAUAAGAGGUUUUGCAAGAUGUUCCUUGUUUUGUUGUGCAAAUAUAUAGAAUAUUUGGUUAUAAAUUAAUUUACUUUACGAAGAUGCUCAACAUUAUGUGUGCACUGCUGAUGACUGAUCAAUGGGAAAAUCUUUCCUGAAAGUUAUUGAUUAAAAACAAACUUAUAAGAGUGUUGCCAUAAUAUAUAAUUGUUGAAUAGUAACAGCAGAAUGAGCUAGAAAUUUACUGUUUCGUUUUUCGUUAAUACAAUAAAAUAUACAAGUUUGGGGUGCAAUUUAUAUUUUAAAA